GUGGCUGGAGAGCCCCCGAUGGGCUGGGUGUUUUUAUAGGACCUGGGCAAAUCCCCCUGGCUGCCACUCUCUUGAGAACAAUCCCCGGGCCUUAGUCCGGCGCCGCUCCAGCCCACAUCUCCAGGUGUGCAUUUCCCGCCUUUAAUUACACUCACUAAAAUUGAUAGUUUGCACUUGCAAAGUUACACUGGGCAAGCGGAAGGGAAAUUCAGAAUCAUGGAUAUGGGGAACGAGGGGAGCAGAGACAUACUUGUUAUUGUCUGCAGAUCUAGUAAAUUGAAAAAUCAGAAAUAGAAAUGUAUACACCUUUCUAGAAGCAAAGUCGAUUGACUCUUCGUUCUGUGCAGCCUCCACUUAAAGGCUGCUUUGGGAGAAACUUUGACCCUUCUUGAAAGUUUAGAAACUGAACUACGAGAGAGAGAGGCCCCACUUCUGGAGAUCUGCAGCCCCACGAUGUUUUCCAGAGUCUUUCAAGUGGGAAGAGAAGAGCGAGAAAAUGAAAAUGCAACGUGCCAGGGAGCUCACCGGAGUCCGGGUGGCCGUCAGGCACGCAGGUGCACAGUUUCUCCUAGCAUGACCACGCUGUGAUCAGCAGCCACAAGAAUUUGAGUCCUGUGUCCAGUGCCAUAGUGCUGGGGCCUAGCACAUCUCCCACAACUACAACCAUGGCUGCUGCCUCUACUUCCACCCCUGGAAUUUCACAGCCCCAGUUCACAGCCAUGAAUGAACGACAGUGCUUCUACAAUGAGUCUAUUGCCUUCUUUUAUAACCGGAGUGGAAAGCACCUUGCCACAGAGUGGAACACAGUCAGCAAGCUGGUGAUGGGACUUGGAAUCACUGUAUGUAUCUUCAUCAUGCUGGCCAACUUACUGGUCAUGGUGGCAAUCUACGUCAAUCGUCGCUUCCAUUUUCCUAUUUAUUACUUAAUGGCUAAUCUGGCUGCUGCAGACUUCUUUGCUGGGUUGGCCUACUUCUACUUAAUGUUCAACACAGGACCCAAUACUCGGAGACUGACCGUCAGCACAUGGCUCCUUCGUCAGGGCCUCAUUGACACCAGCCUGACGGCAUCUGUGGCCAACUUACUGGCUAUAGCAAUCGAGAGGCACAUUACAGUUUUCCGCAUGCAGCUGCACACACGGAUGAGCAACCGGCGGGUGGUAGUGGUCAUUGUGGUCAUUUGGACUAUGGCCAUUGUUAUGGGUGCUAUACCGAGUGUGGGCUGGAACUGUAUCUGUGAUAUUGAAAAUUGUUCCAACAUGGCACCUCUCUACAGUGACUCUUAUUUAGUCUUCUGGGCCAUUUUCAACUUGGUGACCUUUGUGGUAAUGGUGGUUCUAUAUGCUCAUAUCUUUGGCUAUGUUCGCCAGAGGACUAUGAGAAUGUCUAGGCAUAGUUCUGGACCCCGGCGGAAUCGGGACACCAUGAUGAGUCUUUUGAAGACUGUGGUCAUUGUACUUGGUGCCUUUAUCAUCUGCUGGACUCCUGGACUGGUCUUGUUACUUCUAGAUGUGUGCUGUCCACAGUGUGAUGUUCUGGCUUAUGAGAAAUUUUUCCUUCUCCUUGCUGAGUUCAACUCUGCCAUGAACCCCAUCAUCUACUCCUACCGCGACAAGGAGAUGAGUGCCACCUUCCGACAAAUCCUCUGCUGCCAGCGCAGUGAGAACACCAGUGGCCCCACGGAAGGCUCCGACCGCUCAGCUUCCUCGCUCAACCACACCAUCUUGGCUGGAGUUCACAACAACGACCACUCUGUGGUUUAGAAAGGAAACUAAUGAUGAAAAGCUAACCAUCAUCCAUGGAGGGAUGAACAGCCUCCCCCUACCAAAUUGCAAAGGCAAGGUGGGGCGUGAGUGAGGAAGAAAAUAAACUCAUGUACUUAAACACUAACCAACGUCAGUAUUUGUUCCUACACCCCACAAGACUUCACAUAUAUUGAAAAUUAGCUUAUAUGGCAACCCUCAUCCUGAUCCCCAUUCCUUUGGAAAGUAGAAAGUGGACUCCUUGUAAUGGAACUCAUGAAUAGACUCUGGAGUGUCCAUUUAGACUACACUAACUAGACUUUAAAAGCUUUGGUCUGGUUUGGCGCCAGUCAGAAAAGAUUCUGACUUAUUGAAUCCACAACUUCAUUUACAUACAGGCUCCCCCACCCCUUCUUUUUUAAUUCUUGAAAGAUACAUUUCAUUUAAUAAACAUGUGUUUACACCUAUUGGCAUGCUUGUGAUGGACAAGACUAUGGCCUUUUUUUUUUUAACUACCAUAUCUCUAUAUUUUUCCUUACAUAGAAAAAUAGUAAAUUAGAAUCUUUUUUUAGAAAGCAUGCAUAUAAUGUAUGUAUGCAGUAUGCCUUAAAAAAAUAGAAGGAUACUAAUUGUAAAAAUCUUCUGGAAAAUAGAAGAACCUAGAUGUCAAUGCCAUUACUUGUUAAGGUUAUGAAACAAACAAUGCUGUAGUCAGGUUAUUACCUUUUUAUUAAAAUAUUAUAGCAGUAUAAACAAUAGGGAAUGUACAUUUAUUACCGGAAGAAUAUGUACUGUAAAAAGUCAUAGAAGAUAAAGACCAAGUAAUAUUGUUCCCACAUAUUUAUGAUACCCAAGUGCGUUCUAAUUACCAGUACAUCAGAGGAAUUUUUUAAAAGCCUGUGUUUCUUUUUUGGAUUAUAAUAUCAUACGUAUUCAUUGUGGAAAACUCAGGGGCCUAAGGAGGGUAACAGGCACCUAGGGGCAAACUCUAAGUUGUCACCCCUCCCCCCUGCAACUCCAGUGCCCAGGGACAGACUCUUAAGUUGUGCCCCUCCCACCCCCCCACCCCCCAAUUUCAAUGUUGAUGUUGAUAGCUGCCGCGUAAGCAGAAACACCUUCCGCCCUCUUGUCCAGCUGCCUCAGUCAGGUGCCUUUCUUAUUCCACGCCUUGUCUAGAGCCCCCUUGGACUUGUGCCUGGGGGACAAGUGCUCCCCUCUGCCCCCUCGCUAUACCUCUGAGAAAACUUAAAAAUAUAGAAAUGUAUGAAAAAGAAAAAAAAAAAAAGACUGGAAAUCUCACAACCCAGAAGUAGCCACCGUUAAUAGCUUUUUCCCCUUCUCUAUGCCUAUAUGCGUGUUAUAUACUUUCUUAUAUAAUUGGGAUCUUACUGUAAACAGUUUCGUAACCAGUUGUUUUUUUACUUCAGCACUGCCACAUUUUCCUAUGGCAUUAAAAUUUUUACAAAAACAUAAUUUUAAUGGCUAUAUAGUAUUAGUAUUCCAUUUAAUGGAUGCCACUCAGUUUAUUUAACCAUUCCCAUAUUGUUGACUAUUUAGAUUAGCUCUAAUUUUCACUAUGAUAAAUAAUGUUUCAAAAAUUUUGUGUACAUAAAACUUUGUCCACAUAAUUGAUUAUUUACUUAGGGCAUAUUCCCAUGAAGGAGUUUGUAUGUUUUAAUGUGAAAUGUCUUUUUCUGGUUUUACCUUUCGUAAGAAGGGAUUCCCUGCUUUUGCAGUGCCUGCAUGGCAAUUGUGAGGAAAGCCAGUGAAGUUACCUUUUUACAAAACAAACGCAGUGGCUACUUUAGUUGAGAGUGCCUUUUUUAUAGAAGAAGAUGGACUAGACACAGUCAACUGUUACAAAUAACCAGGACACCCUAACAGUCAUGUGUGGUAAUUCCAAACGUUGUUUGAGGGACUGCUUAUCCAGUUCUUGGUAGCCACAGCUGUAAUACAGAAUUGAAGAAAAUGCAAAUGAGUCAAAUGUGCCAAGUGAAUAAAGGAUUAUCAUAUUAAAUAGCCUGGAUAGUAUGAUAGUGUGUAUUCUCCAGGAAUCUCCUUAUUAGUUGACAGCUGUUUAACACAUUGUCCAAAGAUACCAGUAAACGAACUCAGUUUGCUCUGUAGUAAGGAACCAGUGAAGUAACAAAGCAAGUAUGGGAAGUACAGACUAUGUUUAAGAGAAAGAUGUCCAGAAAAAGAAUAGCAGUUUAGGAAGGAGGAAGUUGGUGCACAGUCAGCGUUAGAGCAAUGGGCAGACUGGUGAAGUGCCCACCAUGAAAAGAGUGUGAGGAAUUCACCCAUCAGUUAGCACAAAGAAGUUUGCACAUACUUCAUAGAAAAGAGCAUUCUAUACUGGAAGUAAAAAAAAAAAAAAAAAAAAAAAACUUGGAUUUUUACUCGUGUGAAUAUAUUCUGAAGGAGAUAUGGACUAUUUGAAAUAAAAAAAAUAUACUAAUUGGACCUUAAUAAAUCAUUGUCAAUCA